CCCUGUAAUUUUCAGCCAGUUUGAUUGACAGGCAGCUACAAAUAACCCUCUGGCGUGUGCUGAAGAUGCAGCCAUCUGACUAACAGGUUUCCAAGCAGCCACUGCAGGCACAAAGCGCCUGGAAUUAACCAGACGGCAGCAUAACAUGAACUGAGAAAGAAGCAACCCGGAUUUUUGUUUGGUUUUGGUUUUAAAAAACCGUUUACAUCAAAGAAAACAUUCUUUCAUGAAAACGUUUUAAAGCAGGGUUAUUUUCCCCUCCCCCAAACAAGAAAGCCAUCCCCGUACGGUGAGGAUUUCCGGAGAAGAUGGGGAGGAAAAAGAUUCAGAUCCAGCGUAUCACGGAUGAGCGAAAUCGACAGGUGACGUUCACCAAGCGGAAGUUCGGUUUGAUGAAGAAAGCCUACGAGCUGAGCGUCCUUUGCGACUGCGAGAUUGCCCUGAUCAUCUUCAACCACUCAAACAAGCUGUUCCAGUAUGCCAGCACUGACAUGGACAAGGUGCUGCUCAAGUACACCGAGUACAACGAGCCGCACGAGAGCCGGACCAACGCUGACAUCAUCGAGACAUUAAGAAAGAAAGGUUUUAACGGCUGUGACAGCCCGGAACCCGACGGAGACGACUCCAUAGACCAGAGUCCCCUGAUGGAGGAUAAAUACCGCAAAACCAGCGAGGAUCUGGAUAUCCUCUUCAAACGAUACGGUUCUGCAGUGCCCGCGCCGAACUUCGCCAUGCCCGUGACGGUGCCGGUGACCAACCAAAACACGUUACAGUUCAGCAACCCGGGGGGCUCCUUGGUGACCCAGUCCUUGGUGACCUCCUCAUUGACGGACCCCCGACUUCUCUCGCCACAGCAGCCAGCCCUGCAGAGAAACUCCGUGUCUCCUGGUUUGCCGCAGAGACCAGCCAGCGCGGGGGCGAUGCUCGGGGGAGACUUGAACAACACAAACGGAGCCUGCCCGAGCCCAGUUGGAAACGGCUACGUCAGCGCCAGAGCCUCGCCGGGUCUUCUUCCGGUCUCAAACGGCAGCACCAUGGGCAAGAUCCUCCCAGCGAAAUCACCCCCACCGCCCUCCCACGGCACACAGCUCGCCGCUAACAGCCGUAAACCGGACCUCCGUGUGAUCACCUCGCAGGGCGCCAAGGGCUUGAUGCACCAUUUGACGGAGGACCACUUGGAUCUGCAGAACGCACAGAGGUUAGGAGUUUCCCAAGCAACUCAUUCUUUAACUACACCAGUCGUAUCAGUGGCCACUCCGAGUUUGUUGAGCCAAGGCCUGCCUUUUUCUGCCAUGCCCACCGCAUACAACACAGAUUACCAGCUGACCAGUGCGGAGUUAUCCUCUCUCCCAGCGUUCAGUUCACCCAGCGGGUUGUCGCUCGGCAACAUCUCUGCCUGGCAGCAGCAACAGCAGCAGCAACAACAACAGCAGCAGCAGCAGCAGCAGCAACAACAACAACAUCUUGUUCCUGUAUCGCUAAGCAACUUAAUACAAGGGAGCCACUUAUCUCACACCACCACGUUGACUGUCAACACCAACCCCAACAUCAGCAUCAAGUCGGAGCCGGUCUCGCCCAAUCGGGACCGUAACACUGCCACGCCGCUCAGCUCUUUCCCACACCAGAGCCGGCAUGAGCCAACGGGGCGCUCACCCGUCGACAGCCUCAGCAGCAACGCCAGCUCCUACGAAGGCAACGAUCGGGACGACCCCACCCGAGCUGAUUUCGGCUCGUCCCUUGGCCUCCUGAGACCCACGCCCGAGGCCGAGGGAGAGAGCCCGUCCGUAAAGCGCGUGAGGCUGGAUAUCUGGCUGGGAGGGGGAGGGGGAAUGGGUGGAGCUACACGGCGGUGGCUGGAUCACGAGAUGAAUGACCCUGCCACCUCCUUGGCUAAGCGGGUCUUUUAG